AUGAGGGUUUCGACAAUGCCACUACCUCCAGAAUGGUCACUUUUGUGGAUGUCAAUCGGCCCUUUCCACCAUCUGCCAACCCUCACAUUGUCUCUGUUACCAUUUCCGCCUCCUUUUCAUCUGCCGAUCGUCGAGUCGGAGACCUCGCACAGAAUGCUCGAGCUGACACAGCGUCGCCAACGUUUGCUGCAUCGUUACUACGGCCAGGCGACGCGUCAGUUCGUCGUGCUGUAUGUGAACAGGACACUCCCGCCGCCGCCCCCGCCCUCGCCCCCGCCAACACCCUCACCAACUGUUCGUCGCCUUUUCCGAGCCCGCAAGCCGGACACGACAACCCAGUCGCCUCCUCGGGCUUUGCUUGCGUCCGACUGA